AGCCGCAGGCGCGGAGUAGAUUAGAUACUUACUUGUUUCAGCGGUCUCCGUCCCGGUCGAAGUUUUGGUUACUAUGUAGACUCAGGUGCGUGUGUGAGGUUGUACUGGUUGCAGCAAGGCGAUGCACCAAAUCUGGAUCGUUGAAAUUUUUGUUUACGCAGCAACUACAAGCCCGUCACCUUGACCUCCGCGAUUCGACGUUUUCAUCUACUCGCUUUUGGAAAAAAAGAUCUAUCAUCAUGACGGACACCAACCCAUCGAGCCCGCGUGGGACAGGAGCGGCACCUCCAGCUGAAAUCACUAUCCCCUUCAUUCUCACGAAUGCAAGCGGGGAUGAAAUUCACGUCAAUGCCGCGCCGCGGUUGCAAGCGGUGAAAGAAGCUGCUGCGAAGGAACUGUCUGCGCGGCAGGAGGAUCAUCUUCCGGGUCAAAAUAAAAAUAAGCCGAUCCCGGCGUGUCUAAUCCGGCUUUUGGAUAUCGAAACUUCGGAACCCAUCACCAAAACGACGCCGCUUCCGGAAAAUCACCACAUGCAAAUUGUCGUUGCCGGCGCAGACAACUUUGGCGGAGGAAAAGAUUAUGAAGCUCUGGUGAGGCUUCCGCCGGAUGACAGGCCGGGUUUUUUCUACUACGUGGAAGGAAAAAUCGACGUAACAGAAUUUCUGGCGGCGGUCAUUUUUGACGAGAAUUGCCCGCGCGGCAGCAGCGCGAAUCCGAGCUUCAACUACGAUCGGCACGGCGUUCCAGGAAUAAACGAGGACCACCAAGAGCAGGAGCUGGAUUUUGUAUUGCACAGCUACCUCGGCCACGCCAGCGACGAUCAGCAAUUGGAUUUUUUCUUGGAGGCCUUUGAGCUAAUCUUCCUCGGGAAGAUUUGGAACAAUUUGGAACCAAUUAUCAACCAGAGGGUUUUUUCCACCCAGGAGCCCUACACGCGAGAAGCUUUCGACGUGUACGCGCAGUCGUUUUGGGAAUCGUUUUUUUAUAUUCGGAACCUCGGAUUAUCGCUGCUGGUGGAGGACCUGGAAAACGACCUGAUACGCGGCAGAGCUGCCAUAUGGAGUUCCCAAAUGUUACAUUCUCAACUACGACAUAAAUUUGUGACGCAAGAACAGCAAAAGGGGAAGCGGGAAGAUUGGGUGUCUUGCAUUACAAAUUCUGCUGGAUGGAUUCCGUUGCUGUUUAGCCCUUCGCGAAUUUGUCACGCGAGGCACCUUGAUGAUCGAGUUCGUGCGGCGGCUUGUGGCAAUUUUGCAUGAUAAAAGCGCGCUCUACAGGUGAGAGUGUAACGUUUGAGAACCCCAUACGCCAUCUCUAGGAUCCGGGAAGUCCUGCUGGACACGUGCAAGGAAAAGUACCGAGAGGGCAGUCCCUGGCCUUGUUGCUUGGACGACACCGUAAGUUUUGAUGUCCCAGAAAAAUACGAACCUGCGAGCAUUUUUUUGAUUGCGGCGGACCUGGUUGAAUGGGUUCCCACAGAGCAAUGGACCGUCGACGACGCUAGCAUUUUGCGCGACGUCGCAACAGCGGCGUUUAAGCAACAGAGGCUUGCUAAGGAUUUGCUUCUUGAUGGCGAAGAGGAUGCGGGUGUCGUUGCUAUGUGCAAAUACUCCCGAAAAAAGCUGCGCUAGUUCAUCUAAAGCUCUGUGUAGUUGCCGACCAUCAUGAUUCAGAACAAGAACUGCAGGGAUACUUGUCACGCAAGGCAUCAAAUACUGAUGAAUGUGUAAUGUUGAUGCUCAUCGAUGGAUCACUUCUCGCACUUGCAGUACACCUGGCGCAACUUUUUUCCUUUGCGAUAGACAAGAACAUUUGUAUUCCGACGCGCAAGGCAGUAUCCUGGAUGUCGUCGCGGAUAUUCUUUUAUGAAUCGCAGAAGUGUCGUGGUAGUACAACUAGAAAUUUCAUGCCAAGCUUUCCUUCCUGAGAAGCCAAAGCCUAGAAAAAAAAAACAAAAUUGUCGCAAGACAAAUUUUCUCAGCGUGAGACGAAAUGGGAUACGUUUUUGUAGUGCGGUUGUAGCUUAAGAUGGAAAAUUGUGAUGCAUGAAUGCGACUAGUACCUACGAGUGCGAUACGUCUGCACAGGAUAUCUUUUCGCGCACGUCGAGGACGAGGACGAAGAGGAGGAUGCGACGGGCAGUAGCGAAGAUGACGGAAGUUCUUGCGACGAGGACGAUUCUGAAGAGGAAGAAGGCGAGGAUAGUGGGGAUGAAGUAGCCUCAGGAUAAGCUAGUCGGUGCUCGUCCUGAUUUUGAAUUGCCAUACUGAAGAAUCACGUUCAUGACCGGCGCGCCCCCAGCUGUGAAAAGCUCGUGGUUACUUUACGAAGAAAAUGAAUGCAUUUUUGAAGGCACCUAGUACGCAAACGCAUCUUCAUAAUGAUGUUGCUCGUGUGAUGAACUCCGCAGACGUAGUCCUAUUUGACCCCGAGGUGCUUUCCGCAUCUGUUCGUCCAGC